UGGGCUUUCUCCACCUUUCCUCCUCCCACCCGGGAAACCGGAAGCCGCCUCCGUCUCCGUCGCUCCUAGAGGCUAGCGGAUCGCGGGUGGACUUUGGCUCGGCGCCGCGGUGCUCAGCGGGACGCCGGCGGAGGGCGACCUCGGGGCUGAGGGGUGGCGCUCGCCGUCAGAAGCUAAGAUGGCGGCGGUGGCCAGAGUGUCCUUGAGGCGCCGGUUCCCGGCCACAGCCCUCGGCGGAGCCUGCCUGCAGGUCUGCCGAGGGGCCCAAACAGCUGCAGCUACAGCUCCCCGAAUCAAGAAAUUUGCAAUCUACCGAUGGGAUCCAGACAAAACUGGAGAUAAACCUCAUAUGCAGACUUAUGAAGUUGAUUUGAAUAAAUGUGGCCCUAUGGUGCUGGAUGCUUUAAUCAAGAUUAAGAAUGAAAUGGAUUCUACCUUGACCUUCCGAAGAUCUUGCAGAGAAGGUAUCUGUGGCUCUUGUGCAAUGAACAUCAAUGGAGGCAACACUCUAGCUUGCACCCGAAGGAUUGACACCAACCUCAACAAAGUCUCAAAAAUCUACCCUCUUCCACAUAUGUAUGUGAUAAAGGAUCUUGUUCCUGACCUAAGCAACUUCUAUGCUCAGUACAAGUCCAUUGAGCCUUAUCUGAAGAAGAAGGAUGAGUCCCAGGAAGGCAAACAGCAGUAUCUGCAGUCCAUAGAAGAUCGAGAGAAACUGGACGGGCUGUACGAGUGCAUCCUCUGUGCCUGCUGCAGCACCAGCUGCCCCAGCUACUGGUGGAAUGGAGACAAAUAUUUGGGGCCUGCAGUUCUUAUGCAGGCCUAUCGCUGGAUGAUCGACUCCAGAGAUGAUUUCACAGAGGAGCGCCUGGCCAAGCUGCAGGACCCCUUCUCUCUAUAUCGCUGCCACACGAUCAUGAACUGCACAAGGACCUGUCCUAAGGGGCUGAAUCCAGGGAAAGCUAUUGCUGAAAUCAAGAAACUGAUGGCCACCUACAAAGAAAAGAAAGCAUCAUCAGCUUGACUGUUCUCAGCUGAUCAUAAUUAUAUCUAAUCGGAGUUCCUUCGAGGUCUUGAUUUUCCAUGAGCACAGCAUGUAUAAUAUAAAAUGUUAAGAAAGAAAUAAAUGUUAUUCUACUUUAUUAACAAAAAAA